UUCUGUAUUUUGUUCCAGGUGGAAGUAUGCCAAGAUUCAUCUCUAAGUAAAGCAGUCCAGAUGAUGUCCUGGAAUUUUUGGCUCCUCCCGCUGCAUUGAUUAUAAAGUACAUAGGAGAAACAGAUUUCAGUCAGUCGUGAACGGGUGUUACAUACAUUCAGCGCUCAUUUCUGUGACUGUGGCUAUAAUGGAAGUGUUUCUUCAGCAGAUUUCUAGCACAGGUGUAAUACUUGCUGCUGUGUUGUUGUUUUUGCUUAUGUAUUUGUUCUCCAUCAGCUCCAGCUCUCAGAAUGAAGAAAAAGAGCCUCCAGGUCCUAAACCAUUACCACUGCUGGGAAACCUGCUCAUGCUGGACCUGAAGCGAACAUACGUGAGUCUUACCAAGCUGUCAAAACAAUAUGGGUCGGUUUUCACUGUGUACUUUGGCCCCAAAAAAGUCAUAGUAUUGGCAGGAUACAAGGCUGUCAAACAGGCACUCGUUAACCUUUCAGAGGAGUUUGGAGACAGAGAUAUCACCCCUAUAUUUCAUGAUUUUAAUCAGGGAAUGGGGAUUGCAUUUUCCAAUGGUGACAACUGGAAAGAAAUGAGACGGUUCGCUCUCUCAAACCUACGAGACUUUGGAAUGGGAAAGAGAAAAAUUGAGGAGAAAAUCAUUGAGGAAUCCCAGUUUUUAAAAGAAAAAUUUGAAAAGUUUAAAGAAAAAGCGUUUGAUUCAUCACAGCCCGUGAGUUUCGCUGUAUCAAAUAUCAUCUCAUCCAUUGUCUACGGCAACAGAUUCGAUUACAGCGACUCUCGCUUACAUGAAAUGGUGAAUAGAGCUUAUGAAAACAUGAAAAUAACAGGUUCAGCUUCAAUUCAGCUUUAUAACUUGUACCCUUGGCUUCGACCUUUUGUGAAGAAUCAGCAGCGUAUUGUAAACAACCUCCAGGAGAACUACAAAGAAAGUGACAAAAUAUUACACGACCUCAAGAAGACUUUAAACCUUCAGGAACCCAGAGGAUUUGCUGAGUCUUUCCUUAUACGGCAACAACAGGACAAGGACUCUGGAGAAACUGGUAGUUUUUUCCAUAUGAAGAAUCUGUUUUAUACUAUAAACAACCUGUUUGCUGCUGGUACCGACACUACGGCUACAACACUACGCUGGAGUCUUCUGCUAAUAACUAAAUAUCCUGAAAUACAAGCAAAGGUACAUGAGGAGAUUGACAGAGUGAUUGGUGGACGUCAGCCUGUGGUGGACGACAGGAAGAAUUUGCAUUACACAGAUGCUGUGAUCCAUGAAGUACAGAGAUUUGCAAGCAUAGCUCCCAUAUGUGUCCCCCGCAAGACCACCUGUGACAUUCAUCUCAAUGGAUACUUCAUCAAGAAGGGCACAAGUGUGUUCCCACUUUUGAUAUCUGUGUUGAAAGAUGAAAGCGAGUGGGAGACGCCCCACACCUUCAAUCCAGGACACUUUCUGAAUGAGGAGGGACACUUUAUCAAACGAGAUGCUUUCUUUCCCUUCUCUGCAGGCCGCAGAGUUUGUCUAGGGGAGGGUUUGGCCCGGAUGGAGCUCUUUCUCUUCUUCACUUCUCUCCUUCAGUAUUUUCGUUUCACUCCUCCUCCUGGAGUCUCUGAAGAUGAAUUGGAUCUCACACCAGUUGUGGGCUUCACACUGAAUCCAUCACCACACAAACUGUGUGCAGUCAAACGGUUUUGAUUUCUGUGGCUCUGCAAAUGGACUCAAGCUAUGAUUUCAAGGGGGUGGAGCUGAAUAAUGCCACACAAUAAGAGCAUAACCAGAUCUUGAACUUGGGAGAGGAGGCAAAACAUUCAGGGCUAUAUGUGUAUUUUGUAUAAAAUAUCACAUUUCUGAUUAUUGGGGAGAGGACAUGUCCCCCUCAGUGUCUAUUGUGGUUAUGAUGAUUCGAGCCCACCACUUUACAUCUUUGUUCUGCAUCUGUAAAGUUUUUGCCAAAUUAUAUAAAAAAAAAUGCUUUUUGCGGCAGCCAUACCGUUGUGUGUAUGCGUGAUUGAGCAUGUCUUUUCUAUAUUGCAUUUUUGCUCUAGUACAAGGCCUUCUUUUCUGUGUGGAAAUUUUCUGAUUUAUUCUGGAUGCAUUGGGUUUUUUUGCAUUUCCCAUUAAUUUUCAAAUGGGGUCAUAUAGAGGGUAUGCACGUGAUGUCAUCUUCGGCGAAAGUGUCUGAGCCACAGCAUUAGCAUGUAGCGUGGAAACGCUUCUAAAAUGGGAAAAGUUGUUGUCUGGUCGACUGUGCAAACAGAUUUAACAAGAAUUUGUAGCGAUCGUUUAGUAGUAAUAGGCAGGACAAACAUAUAUUUUAAGAAAAGAGAUGUCUGGUCACAUGCCAAGGUCUCCGGACUAAUGGUUGUUGUAGGGUUGCUGUCAAGGCCAACUUAAUUAAAUUUAAGCUGAUAAUCAUUCGUUAUACUGCCGUUUUCUUUUAAAACCCAGCCAUUUUGUUUAAUGUUUUGCCACUCAUUCUAUCGGGGAAGAGGUACCUUCCUGCAUGUUCACAUGUUAAAGUGACGUCAAUGCAUACCUCUAUUGACCCCCAAGGACCUCUUUUGUUAAAAAGAUUACACUUCAAUUACAUAAAUCACUUUUGAGAACGCUUGUGUUGUAAUUUUUGUAUGUCUGUGAUAAACUAAACUAAAGUUUGCCAAUUUGAAAUAUUCAAAUGGAAAUAAUCAGACAGAAUGGAAGUUUUGGAGUGAAGAAAUAAAUUUUAUUUUCCUCAGCAAAAUGAUGUCACUUCCUGAAGAAUGAUGUCAUUAGGGAAUUUAAGCUGUUACAGUUUCCAGAUUUAAAAAUGAGCCAAUUCUUCUAUCAAAACUACACUACUGUUGUAACUACUAUUGUCAACACACAUUAUGUUUGCUUAUUUUGGUUGAUUCAUAAUCAAAAUA